CCUCUCUCCUCUCCAUCAGCCUCCAAGAACUAGACCGAGUACCACAGAAAGAAUAAAAAAAAAAGAACGAGAGAGAGGUGUGUGAGAGAGAGAAAGAUGGACGCGACGGGCAAAGGGGCGCAGGGCGCUGGCGGAGGUGGGGAUCCAGAUGCCGGAGGCGGUGAAGGUGGCGACGGCGGCCGACUCGGGAACGAUGAGCGGCCCGCUGGUGCCCGUGACAGGAAGGCCGGACGGUGCCUCCGCGGAUGGGAGGCGAUGGGACAUGGCCGGAGCGGCAAUGCGGGCGGCGACGGUGGUCUCUUCGCUUUUGGCUUUGGCGCUGAUGGUCUCCGCGGAGCAGCGCGGGGAACUCUCGCUCCUCGGCUUCCACCUCCCGCUCUACUCCAAGUGGUCGUUCUCCGACUCCCUCGAGUAUCUGGUGGGGAUCUCUGCGGCGGUGGCGGCGCAUUCGCUGCUGCAACUUCUAUUGACCGUGAGGAAGCUGGUGAAGAAGACGCCGGUCAUCCCGUCCCGUCGUCACGGGUGGGUUAUAUUUGCUGGCGAUCAGGCUUUUGCAUAUGCUAUGAUGAGUGCGGGCUCAGCUGCAGCUGGGAUAACCAACUUAAACCGCACAGGGAUCCGGCACACUGCACUUCCAGACUUCUGUAAGCCUCUGCAUCGGUUCUGUGACCGCAUGGCUAUCUCAAUUACAUUUGCUUUUCUCAGCUGCCUCCUCUUAGCUGCUACUGCAAUUUUCGAUGUGCUUUGGUUAUCUAGGUACUGAGUGCUUUAAAAACCCAGUUGCUGUCAUACCUGUGUUCCAUGUAACGACCAACUAAAAGUGUAGAGUAUAUGUGCUUUUGGAUCUUUUGGUCAGAAUGGAUGAUCUAAAAUAUCUCGAGACUUGCAUUUGUAUGUGAUUGUGUUUCCAGGUUAGCAAAAUCUUUUGGGUUGAAAA